GCGGGCCGGCCGCCGCAGCCCGGACCGUGCGCGCUGGGAUGUAGCGAACAAGCGGGGGCGAAACUGCGCGGAGCUGGAGACGCAGCUGGAGCCCGGCCUCGGCCACAGUCGAAACCUAAGCCCCAGCCGGUGUGGCGGUGAGAGCGCGCGUAGCCGACGGGCCGCAUAGCGCAGCCCGGGUCGGGUCGCAGCCAGGGCGGCCGGGCGCACCCUGCCCCGGCCCCCGGAGCGCCCGCCACGGUCCCCGCCUCCAUGGACGCCUUCAAGGGGGGCAUGAGCCUGGAGCGGCUGCCGGAGGGGCUCCGGCCGCCGCAGCCACCGCCGCACGACAUGGGGCCCGCCUUCCACUUAGCCCGCGCCGCGGACCCCCGGGAGCCGCUCGAGAACUCCGCCAGCGAGUCGUCCGACACGGAGCUGCCAGAGAAGGAGCGCGGCGGGGAGCCCAAGGGGCCUGAGGACAGCGGUGCUGGCGGCGCGGGCUGCGGAGGCGCGGAGGACCCCGCCAAGAAAAAGAAGCAGCGGCGGCAACGCACGCACUUCACAAGCCAGCAGCUGCAAGAGCUGGAGGCCACGUUCCAGAGGAACCGCUACCCCGACAUGAGCAUGCGGGAGGAGAUCGCCGUGUGGACCAACCUCACGGAGCCGCGCGUGAGGGUCUGGUUCAAGAAUCGGCGAGCCAAGUGGCGGAAGCGCGAGCGUAACCAGCAGCUGGACCUGUGCAAGGGCGGCUACGUGCCGCAGUUCAGCGGCUUGGUGCAGCCCUACGAGGACGUGUAUGCUGCCGGCUACUCCUACAACAACUGGGCUGCCAAGAGCCUGGCGCCGGCGCCGCUCUCCACCAAGAGCUUCACCUUCUUCAACUCCAUGAGCCCGCUGUCGUCGCAGUCCAUGUUCUCGGCACCCAGCUCCAUCUCCUCCAUGACCAUGCCGUCGAGCAUGGGCCCGGGCGCCGUGCCCGGCAUGCCCAACUCGGGUCUCAACAACAUCAACAACCUCACCGGCUCCUCGCUUAACUCGGCCAUGUCCCCGGGCGCCUGCCCUUACGGCACACCCGCCUCGCCCUACAGCGUCUACCGGGACACGUGCAACUCGAGCCUAGCCAGCCUGCGGCUCAAGUCCAAGCAGCACUCGUCGUUCGGCUACGGUGGCCUGCAGGGCCCGGCCUCCGGCCUCAACGCCUGCCAGUACAACAGCUGACCGCCCGGCCGGCCACGAGGGCCGCGCGGUGCGGGGGCGGAGGACGCACGCGGGGCCUCGCUCUGUGCGCCCGCCGUGUGCCCGCGCGGCCCCUCCUCCCCCGCCCCCCUCCGGGUUGGUUUUGUGUUUGCUUUUCCGGACCCCACUCUGCCCUCCAAAACCAGACAAAACAAAAAGACGUCGGAGCGAAGUGCCGCGAAAAAACGGAUGAGUUGCAAUUUCCCUCGGGAUGGCGCGGGUGGCCCGUGUGCGCUUUCUCGGGCCUCGGCGGGCGGCCAGGCCCGGCGGCGGCACCGAGAGGACGCCCUCGUUGCCCGUGUUCCCGCCGCGCUGACCCGGACUGCGCUGCCGCGCCAGUGAACUGGACGCGCGGGAGCCUGGCCUCGGCCCCUACGAACCAAGAGGCCCCCUCCGAGCUGGGCCCGGCCGAGCGAACCUUAGCUCGAUCCGGAUCCGAGUUGGAGCGGGCGUUGGGCCGGGGAUGACGGUGUCUAGCCCGGGACCAGGGACUCGCUGAGGAGCCGCACGCGGCCCCGGCGCGCCCCCAGGAGCCCUCGCCAGCCUGGCGCCCCGGAAAACUAUUUAAAGGCUACGGAGCCGCAGAUGCGGCGAGAGGAUGGGGUGGGCUCGUCUCUGAGCACCCCACUUCCCCGCAGGCCCAGGUCCUCUGCUCCGCUCCGGGCUAGGAGGUGGCCCCCUGGUCCCGGCGCAGAGCUGCGGUGCAAGAAGAGUGGAGCCGAGCUGGGGAGCUCCGGGCAUGGCCACGGCCUCUCGCCGCGCCCACUUUGCACACCCGCUCCCCGGCCCGCGCCCCUGUUUACAGCGUCCCUGUGUAUGUCGGACUGACUGUAUAGAAUUAUAAAUCUGUCUAUAUCGACUUGUCCAUGUACGUCUAUUAAAACCAUAGUACGAGCGUGCUAACCA